AUGACGAAAAUAACAGAUGCAGCAACGAGACAGGCAGUUCAAAGUGCCUAUGACGCCGUUAGAGCAACUGUUGUGAAAAGUCAAGAAAAAGAGUUACAACAGACCAAAACAGACCUAGUAAAUGCUUUCUUAAAAACGAAAAGUCAGGUAGGACAUUACGCUGCAGAUGGAACAUAUGUGCCAGCUGGUGGAACUUAUAUACCAGCUGGUGGAACUUAUAUACUAGCUAGUGGAACUUAUAUACCACCAAACCCUCCAAGAGAAGCACCUGCACCAGGACUACCUAAAACAUUUACAUCGUCACAUGGACACAGACACAGGCAUGCACCAAAACCAACACAACAACCAACAGUUCAAAAUCCAGCACAACAACAACAACAACCAACACAACAACCAACACAACAACCAACAGUUCAAAACCCUGCACAACAACCAACAGUUCAAAACCCUGCACAACAACCACAAACAGAGCAAGGACAUAAAAGAAGUAGAGAACAAGGAAACCAAGAAUUCUUAAAAAUGCUUAAAGAAGACUAUGGUUACCCAGAUACUAUUGACUUUAGUGACAGAUAUAAAGAAGCUAUUCGAAAGUUCAAGGAUGGAAAUACUGACCCGAACCUAUUUAGCUUUAUGACUCAGCACCAAAUCGGACAUAAUUUCAAACCUGGAAAAUACAAGCUCGCAAAGGGAUAUGAUUUAAUAGCAUAUCAUCCAAAUGACAUGAACGAAUUUACUCCGAGAUAUUUGGUGUCAGAGAUAAAUGAUAAAGAUAAUUCAACUCUCUUCAUGAAACGCGUAAAAAAUAGAGACGGAACGAAAGAACAAAAGCUUAUGAAUGCGGAUGACGUAGAUAGGGAAAUUGUUGAAAACGGUCUCGGAAUAUAUGAAAUGCCAGCAGAUGAGGUACAAGAAACUCCACAGGAAGAAGUUCAGAUACAACCAGACAUGGAAGAAAUAGUUCAGCAACAACAGCUAGAAGAGCCUGAAGGAAACGAACAAGUCACUCCUUUGGAAACUAACUUCACAGAACUAGAUGAAGAUUUGGAACAGCCGAAAAAUCUUGACCCUCAACAAGAGUAUGCGGAGAAUAUGGAAUAUUUCCAAGAGUCUAAAAAAAAUUCGGCUGACAUAGUAGAAGAAUAUCGAAAAAUGUUUGCCGACAUACAAAAGACUCCAACACCAGAUGAAAAUAUUCGGCAUAGAAUGGAAGUACUGAAAGAAAAUGUACACAAAUACAACAACCCUUUUUACUUACGAGCAUUUAACGUUCAAUCUUUGGAUGAACUCGGUGAAAAUAAAAGGUUAAAUUUCAAGAAAACAUAUAGAAAUGAAACAUU